UUCCUCUUUGUGCACCUGAUGGUUUCUUAUCUUCUCUGAGAUAACAGAAGCCACAGAAUGGAUUUCAGCCUUCUUACCUUUUUGAAUCUUCUUCUUUUUUCCACCUGCUCAGCUUCACCGCCGAACUUCGUCCUCCUGUUCGCGGACGAUUUGGGUUUCGGGGAUUUGGGCUGUUACGGACACCCGAGUUCACUGACUCCUAACCUGGACCGUCUGGCAGCUGCAGGACUCCGCUUCACUGACUUUUACUGCACCAGCCCCGUCUGCAGCCCGUCCAGGGCGUCGUUGCUGACGGGCCGCUAUCAGACCCGCUCAGGUGUCUACCCAGGAGUCUUGUACCCAGGCUCCAGAGGGGGUCUUCCUCUGAAUGAAACCACCAUCGCUGAAGUGUUGAAACCUCUCGGCUACGCUACUGCCGCCGUAGGGAAGUGGCACUUAGGAUUUGGGGCCAAUGGGAUGUUUCUUCCAACCAAACAGGGGUUCGACCAGUACCUGGGGAUCCCUUACUCCCACGACAUGGGCCCCUGUUGGAACCUGACUUGCUUCCCUCCAGAUGUGAAGUGUUUCGGAACGUGUGACGUCGGCACCGUAACCGUCCCGCUGCUGCGCAACGAAGUCAUCAAGCAGCAACCGGUCGACUUCCUCGAUCUGGAAAGAGCUUACAGCGACUUUGCAACCAGUUUCAUAACCACGUCAGCCAAGAAGAAGCAGCCUUUCUUCCUCUACUAUCCGUCACAUCACACCCACUACCCUCAGUAUGCAGGUCCAGGUUCAGCCGGGCACUCCUUACGCGGUCCAUUUGGAGAUGCUCUGUUGGAGCUUGACACCACUAUAGGAAACCUGCUGGCCACCCUGGAGAAGACAGGAGUGAUCAACAACACUCUGGUGUUCUUUACAUCCGAUAACGGCCCUGAACUGAUGCGUAUGUCCCGCGGAGGUAAUGCUGGCGCUCUGAAAUGUGGAAAAGGUACCACAUAUGAUGGGGGCAUGAGAGAGCCAGCCAUCGCCUACUGGCCAGGAACCAUCAGGCCGGGUGUGACCCACGAGAUGGCCAGCACUCUGGACAUCCUCCCCACCAUCGCAGGCCUGGUGGGCGCUAAGCUGCCCCAGGUGAUGCUGGAUGGAGUCGAUAUGACAGAAAUCCUCGUCAACCAAGGAAAGAGUAAAAGGGAGACGAUGAUGUUCUACCCCACAGAUCCCAGUGAGAAGUACGGCCUGUUUGCUCUCAGGCUGGGGAAGUACAAGGCCCACUUCUAUACAAGAGGUGCCACUCACAGCGGUACCACUCCAGACCCAGACUGCCCCGUAUUCGCUGUCCUCAAGGCCCACGACCCCCCUCUGAUGUUUGACCUGGAGGCCGACCCCUCUGAGCACUACCCUCUCCCCUUGGAGGGAAGACCCGACCUCCAGGCCGUGCUGGAGCGAAUCAAAAACGUUAAAGAGAAAUUCGAAGCCUCCAUGGUGUUCGGAGAGAGCCAGAUAUCAAAAGGAACGGACCCGAACCUCGCGCCUUGCUGCAACCCUCAGUGCAGCCCCAAACCCAGCUGCUGCCGCUGCUGAUGGGACAAAUGAUCACAGCUGCUGUGGAGACAUUGAGGGAAAGACUGGAGGUACAGCACUGAUUUUUACCUUUACGUUACUGGAUGAAAACACAAGGAUGUUACGCAGAAAUUUGCUUUGCUGCUUGCUUGUGGACAGUUAAGCUUUAAUUACUGCUCUUACUGAAAAGUAAUAUUGCAAUCUGUUUCCUCAAUGAGGAGAUGAUUUUAUUCAUGUUUAGCACUUGCAACAUUUAAACUAAUGAAUGACAAAGUACUGUAUUUUUUCUGACUUCUUCUACUUGAAAUUCUAACUUUCACCCUAUUAUUCCUUGCGAUCAAAUACUUCUAUAGAUUUAAUAUGUGAAAAUCUAAUUUCAAUCACAAAUACAAUCAAAAGUAACCUGAAGAAUAAAGACAAUAAUCCAGGUUUCGGACAUCAAGCAUAUAUUUUAUUCAUAAGACCAAACCCAUGACAAGGCAGAGUGAUUUUUUUGUCGUUUUUUUUUCUUUUUUCUUUGUUUUCCCUUGAAUUUUACAAGUCCUUGUUUUUAAAGAUACAAGAUAGGAUAUGUUUGUUCUGUCACAUACUGUUUUGCUCUAGGUAUACAGUGAAGAAUCUUGUUAAAGUAAUAAAGUCAGAAGUUGGUUUAACUGUUAAUGUAUUUCUCAGCGGCUAUAUGGGACUAGAUCAUCCUCAGAGGUUGUUUUUGUGUAGCUGUGUGAAAAGAAGGAUUUCAACUAGGCUGUAACAAGAUAGAAAAACAUAAUCAGAAGCAAAUAGAUACAGAUCAGAGAUGGGUCACACUGUUGGAGCUCAAAGGCGAUUACUAUAAUCGGCAAGACACAAUAAUAGUUUUCCAGUGGCAGCUGACUCAGUCACUAUUCAGCUCUAACAGCAGAUUGGUCAGUUAUCUGGUGGGUGUGUCACACACUAGUGAUGUCACAUCUCACAAAUGUGCCCUAAAUGUGCUGCUGAAGCCUGUCUGUGGAGAGUUAUGGAGUUGGCAGGAACCCAAACGCCACCCGUGUGACAGAGACUGAGAUAACACCUUGUGUCGAAACGUAAGACACUGAAAUAAAAUUAUUGCAGAUCACA